AGUGGUGGUGGCAGCGACGGAUUUUCUUUCCCCUAGGCGGGACCAAGCGAAGUGUUCGCACAUAUUCCAUUGCUCCCAACGUAACGUGCGUCUACGUGUCUUUCUCCUUUCCUGUCAUUCUCCCUGUCUCUCCCUCUCUUCUCGUCUCCUUCUUUCUCUCGCUCUAUCUCUCUUUCUCUAUCCCUCUCGUCCGUUUCCCCGCUCUUUGUCCACGUUGUCGCGUGUUAUACGUGUGUGCGUUUCUCUCCGUCUCGCUCUGUCUGCGUUACCUUCGCCGCGUGUGCGUCAAACGAAACUAAACGCGGGAAAAGCUCGGGCGCGAAAAUAUAUCCAUAUUCCAGGGGGAAUGUAGACGGUGGUUAUCGGGUAACGCGGAGCGUUUUUCGAUUCUCGCCCGUGUGAGUGCCCAGUGCUGAGAGAUUACGGUUUACGGAUAUUUUGACGAGACCAGAAGCCCCGAGCGAAAGUGUUGUCGUCGUCGUAAGACGACGGCGACGACGAAUCACAACAACGACAACCACCACGAUAAUACGUUCAAGGAACUCGAACGCGACGCUGUAGCUUUGUCGCGCUCUUUACUCGCGUCUUGAUAAUCCAGGACAAGCGAACCUUACCUCCACCACCGCGACUUGGAUGGAUACUGUGCAUUAUUUCUGGAAAUCCGAUCAUUCCACCUGUCCACCCGCACACUCCUUCAAUUGAUUUCCUACUAAACGCCGCCUCUGCUGUCCUAGGUGCACCCACGUCGCCGUCAUCCUGACCUGCCCGAGAAAUCCUCAUGAAAGACUGGGAACUCAGUACUCAGAAUAGCAUCGGCAGUGCGGUGGCUGCAGCCGACACCAUUUCCGCGCCGUGGACUCCAGCGAGUUCCGGGCCGCCGCCCGACGCGAACGGCUCCGGCUCGGAUACCAAGAACCUCGACGUUGGCGAAAUUAGCGAUGACGAAAAAGACUUAUCGGCAGCAGACGCGGAGGGUGUAUGGUCACCGGAUAUCGAACAGAGCUUCCAGGAAGCUCUCACUAUAUACCCACCAUGUGGUCGACGCAAAAUCAUCCUGUCCGACGAAGGGAAGAUGUACGGACGUAACGAGCUGAUCGCUCGUUAUAUCAAACUGAGAACGGGCAAAACGAGAACGCGAAAACAGGUCUCCUCACACAUACAAGUUCUCGCCAGGCGAAAACUUCGCGAGAUCCAAGCAAAACUCAAAGUGGAUCAUGUCGCCAAGGAGAAGGCGCUCCAGACAAUGUCGAGCAUGUCGAGCGCCCAGAUAGUAUCAGCUGGGAGUGCGAUACACAACAAGAUGCCCCCCGCCCUCGUGGGGCCCCUUGCCCUACACGCUUCCACCCCUGUCUCCUAUCCCGGAGCGCAAUUCUGGCAGCCGGGUCUGCAACCAGGAACCUCCCAGGAUGUCAAGCCUUUCUCCCAGCCGGCGUACACCGGAAAACCAGCGACGGCAGUGUCGAGCGGUGAUAUGGUUCAGGCUCAACCACCCCCACCUUGGGAAGGACGUGCCAUCGCGACCCAUAAACUCAGGCUUGUCGAGUUCUCGGCCUAUAUGGACCAACAAAGAGAUCAGGAUAUUUACCACAAACACUUGUUCGUCCACAUAGGAGGAUCCGCGACUUACGCGGAUCCGUUGCUAGAGGCUGUCGAUGUCAGGCAAAUAUAUGAUAAAUUCCCGGAGAAAAAGGGCGGCCUGAAGGAACUUUACGACAAGGGACCACAGGCAGCCUUCUUCCUCGUUAAAUUCUGGGCUGAUCUCAAUACGAACAUCCAGGAUGAAGCUAGAGCCUUCUAUGGUGUAACAAGCCAGUACGAGAGCAAUGAGAACAUGACGAUAACGUGUUCGACCAAAGUCUGUUCGUUCGGUAAACAGGUGGUAGAAAAAGUGGAGACAGAAUACGCUAGGUUUGAAAAUGGCAGGUUCGUCUAUCGUAUUAAUCGUUCGCCUAUGUGCGAGUACAUGAUCAAUUUUAUACAUAAAUUGAAGCACCUGCCAGAAAAGUACAUGAUGAACAGCGUUCUCGAGAAUUUCACCAUUCUCCAGGUUGUUACGAACAGGGAUACGCAGGAAACGUUAUUGUGCACAGCAUACGUGUUCGAGGUAUCGACGUCCGAGCACGGUGCACAACAUCAUAUAUACAGAUUGAUCAAGGAUUAACCUGCUUGAACCUGCUCGCCAUGCAGCCAUCCACCCCCAUCAGUGCCUACCAUCACAUAAAGAAAUCAUCCAUUACGCGCACAUACACAAUUACACAUAAUGAUAUUAACCCUCUGAAGUGUCUCGUGAUUGUUUUUAAAUUUUAUCCUCGUUCACGACGAUAUAAGUAUUAUUACCAAUUGAUUGUAAUAAUUUUAUAACUAUAAUAUUAAAAAGCUUGGAUUUUAAUUAAUUUGCAUGUCACAGAGGAGAUGUAGCUUUUAUAAUUUGAUUAUGCUUUCAAUUUUAACUAAUUACGAUCGUUCGAUUAGCUUUGACGGAUCGCUCUUAAAUAUACGUACUCUUCAAAGGGUUAAACGUGAAUACAUAAUUGUAAACACGCGUUACACUUUACACUUUUCGCGUCUACAUUUAAUAGAGUUUCUGUUGAAAAUGUUCUUACCACAAACCAAACGUCUUUAUUGAAAGAUCGUUUCAGACGUGAAUUCGGAUACAUAUAUAUAUAUAUAUAUAUAAUAUAUAUUUGACAAUCAUUGUAUAAACUAGAUAUGCGUUUAAUUAUAUCGUACGUUUAUUUCGAUUAAUCAAAUUACAUAUUUCAUUCAGUAUUUACGAACAUUUUCCAUGAAACUCCUUAAAGAGAACUUAAGAUUUACACGUGAACGCGCGCGCGCACAUCCACACAACACACAUACCACAUACACACUCGCGUUUACAGAUUAGAAGUACUGGCCAGCCUGAGCUUGAGUUUGAUUCAUUUGAAAUGAAAAAAAAAAAUAAUAAGAUUGUAGUAAAAAUAAUUGGUAUGUGUGCUUUGACGUACCAUGGAAAAAAAAAGAUUUCCUCCGUGAAACACGGCAGGAACUGCGUUCCAGAUAUGACGGAAUUGUAAAUUUUAUAUCGAAACAAAUGUAAUCGUAUAUAUAUUUUAUGAAUAUUCCGUCAUUCACAUACAAAUGUUUCUAAUUCGUCGAAGUUUUAUUAAAGAGAUAUAAUAAAAGUUAAGUUAAAAUUGACGACAAUAAAUUUGGUAUGAAACAUUGUAAGUUGAGGAUAAUGUGUGUACCAAAAUAGAGAAAACAAAAAAAAAUGGCAAAAAAGAAGGUAUAUAUAAAAAAAGAAAAGAAAAGAAAAAGAAACAGACUCUGAUCUCGGCAAGGCGUGGUACCAACAUAAUUUAGUAUUAUAGUUUUAUUAUUAAACUAGGAAAUAGAUCAGACAGGACAUCCACACACAGAUAUACAUAUAUUACAUAUAAGAAUAUAUAUGUUAAAUAUUAAUGCAAUGAUUACGAUUUACAUUGUUAUAAAUGAUCGUGUAUAAAGUUAUCUAAGUGAUUUCUAAGUUUUAAACGAAAUGGAAGUUGAAUAGAGAGGUAUGCCAUUAUGAUUUCUUAAGUCUCCUUGGUUACACUAUUACAGUUUCGUUUCUUCUUCUUCUUUUUUUUUUUUAAUUAUCCAAAUCGAGCAAGGUCAAGAUCAACAUUAAAGACCUUUCCUUAAGCUUUUUUGUUGUAGAACUGUUUUCUUCUUUUUAGCUGUAUUACAACUAACGAUAAGAAUUUCUCGCUGCAGAGCUUUUUAUUAAUUCUCAAUGAUCAGAUAAAAGAAAAGCUAACGAAAUCGUUGACCAUUUUUACGUAUUUUUAAAAGGUGAUCUUUGAACACACUUACAAUUGUGCAAACCCACCCGUUGUUAGGCAGCGACACUUAGAUUAAAGGGAUGUGUUUGUAUUUCUUGUAAUCACUUUAUUUCUUAUUCUAAGAUCUUUUCUUUUUCUAUAGUUCUUACACGAAUGACUUUCUUACUUAGCGUACUUCGUUUGUUUUUAUCUUUCUACUAUAUUUACAACAAGUACAUCAGAAUUGCAUCCAUUAUACACGCUAGACAUAAAUAGUGUCCAUCAAAAAAGUCGAAAUAAGCGAAAGAGAUUUUUUUUUCUCUCUCUAACUUGAUAACAUGACCUUAUUAAUUUUCGACUGCAUGGUUCAAGAAUGCAAAUUACAUUCGAUUUUAAUAAAAAAUGAGAAAACGGUAAUAGCGUGAUUUUGGAUCUGAGCUCUCUAAAUUUGAGCAUUCUUUCAUAAUGUUUAUAGAAAAUCUUAUUUGACAACAUAUUUCGUACUUAAUAUCAUUUUUGAUGCUUCAAUGUAUAUGGACCAAAAAACGUCUUAUGCCGAUUUUGUUUUACCAUUGCAACGACGAUUGUUUCAGAGAGUAGAGGACCAUUAAAUUCUGCGAUUAAUUUUAUUUAGUCACAUCUCUCACAGAGACUAUACAUAUAUAUACGUGCAGCUAUGCACAGAAAAUUUUUUACAUAUUCUUUAAUCUGAUCGAUUGCGUGUUCUGAAACAGGACUUGCCUACAGAACAGUGAAUACUAAGAUAUUUCAGAAAAGAAUCAUGUAUACUUUAAGAAAAUAAUAUUUACUGUAUUCUUUACUUUAAUUAACUUUUAUGCAACAAGUGGCAAUGUAUUUUGAUCUCUCUUUUUAGUCAGAAAUAUGUCGCUUUUUAUUUGGGGUGAGAAUUGAAUUCGCUAGGUGAUUGACUGAAUAAUGAAGAAACUUGUGUAUUUAAAUGAUAAUGUACAUGGCUUUCAUUCAACAACUGGCAGCUGUCACGAUUUUUACUUAUUGUUACCUUUCUUUUUGUAAUAAUUGAUCAUAAGUCUUGUUUUUACAUAUUAUAUAUAUAUAUAUAUAUAUUAUACAUAUUGUAACUUUGCUAAAUUGUGUACAUGUUAAGGUGGAAUUGGAACCAUCCAAAUGUAAUAUUGUUUUCACAUCCUGUUAUUUUAAUUAAUAAUACUUAAUUAUUAAGUAUUUAAGAAAAGUGUCGUUAAGAAAAAAGAAAAAAAUAUUUUUCUGUAAUUCGAAAUAAAUCUUUAUGAAGAGAAUAUGCGAAAUAACAAAAGUUGUUUUAAUUUAAUUUAAUUUAAUUGAAAACACGCGCGAUGGUUCCAAAUCGACCUGGAUUAAAGCGUUAUUUUUUGAGAAAGAAAAAAAAGAACAAAAAAUUAUGCAAUAUACAAUUAUAUGAAUUUUUAUUUCAACGAAAAAUUGCGAGGGAAAAUAGGAGGAGUAUGAAAUCGAAAGAAAAGAACAUCGUCACUAAUAUUAUUAACAUUAACAAAUAAUGAUUUUAAAGUAAGCGAAUUACAUUUAUAAGGAAAGAUUAUGAAAAUAUAUAUUUAUCUAUGUCUUCUGUGAAGAUAGAAAAUAGCACUCUCUCACUCUAUAUUGAUGAUAUCAGAAAAAAUAAAUAAAUUGAAAUCCAAUAAAGAUGCAAGCGCAGAAGUAGAUUAGAAAAA